CAAAACGAGCCUCCAAUUGGGAGAGAAGAGCGAGUAAAUUUAUGAGACUGUGUGGGUGGGUCUGUCGAAAAUUUGCACACAGUUACAGAUUUUCUCUCAGUGGGUCACACGGAUGGCUCAAAUGGGUUUGGGAACUAGCAUGGGUAGAUCGCUAACUCAGAAGCAAAAAGACAGUCCCCAGAAAAGCAAAGCGACUUGGAAUCAGAUCAGCAUUAUUGUGUAUAGUUGAAAAUAUUUAAUAUAGGGCAGUGAUGUGCAAUGUACCAGAAAUGGGAAGGUCGUUUGAGGGAGUAUUUCCUACAUAUUUCAUCAUCAUUUUCUUCCUGAGUAUUUUACAAUUCUUAAAAGUACAGUCUAAGCAUAUGUUAAAAUGCUGUGCGCUUAUUACAACGCAAAAAUAUUUAACUUAUUAUAAACAUGAUGUGGUAAUUUUCCACAGUUCUCUAGAUUUGUUUGUCAAUAACAAUGUAGGUUUUGUCGUCGAGCGGGAAAGAACAUUGAGUUGCUGUGAGGGAGAGCGAGAUGGAGAGUACACGCGCAACAAGUUUGAAGAGAGAGAGAGAGAGAGAAGGGAAAACCAAAAGAGUGGAAGGCCAAGAGCGAACCGGGUUGGAUCAGCGAUAUCGCUCCCAGAUUUCAACACAAUCGAAUUUCAAGUGCCGCCUUCUGUAAUCGAAAUCGGUCGGAAGUUGGGCUAUAAAUUCCGAUGGCAUCGCUGCAUUUCAGUUCAAGUUUCCACCUCACAUUAGGCAUUACAAAAAUCAGGCAACUAUGCCCACGUUUAUGAACGAAGUCUGUGUUCUCAUCGAUUCCUAUGGCGGACGAGAUGUCCUGAUGGAGGCGUUGUGCCAGAGUGCCAAGUUGGUGGCAGGAUACCAUGCCAAGCGGAACCCAGAACUGUCCCGCCGAUGUGCCACCGUCAGCUCGAAGAUUUCGGGGGCCAAGGCCACUCUGCGCCUGAUCGACGAUCUUCCCGUGUUCCAGUACACUCUGGAGUACGGAUUGGGCGACUGUGAGCCGGAUCGCAUUACGGCCUUACUGGUGGUGAUGUCCAACGCAGUGGACCUGCUCUUCUACCCCAUCGAAAUCAUCUGCUGGCUGGCUGAGCACAAGGUUCUGGAUGUGAGAAGUAGAGACUAUUGGAGCUAUGCAAACUCCAUGUUCUGUGUGGUCUCCGUGUACCUGAGCCUCGCAAGGACACUAAGGACCUUUUCGCUGAAUCGGAACACGCCGAACCGGCAGGAUGUGGCUUCCUUUGCUCGCAUAUCCCUCGAUCUGGUCCACGCCAUCAGCACUCUGCCCAGCGGUUACCUAUGGGGUGGAAAGAUGUCAACAUUCCAAAUUGGAGCUAUUGGAACCCUCUCAGCGGGCCUGGGAAUCUACGAGAUCUUGGUCAGGAGAAGACUGGCCAAGUAGAACUCUACCAUUGUACUCGAAUUUGUUGAAUUAAAUUUACUGAUAGUCGUUAUCGUACGUUUUGGUACGCUGAUAUGGAUGGAGAAUUUCUACACCGCCCUAUAUAGUUUUAGAUUCUAAGAUCUUAAGUAGUUAAAAGUAUGCAAAUAAAAACACAUUUAAUGUUA